AUGUCGCAGCUGACGACCUUCCGCCAGGAGGCGCUGCCGGAGCUGGCGGCAGAGAGCGAGAACAUCGCCAUUCGGGCAUCUGCCCUUGCCGACUACGCUAACGUCGACGUCUUCUUCCCAGAGCGGGCAGAUGACGGCACCGUCGUUCCCCCCUCCUGGUUCGGCCUGGACCUGUCGGACGGGGAGGACUCGGUGGAGGAGAUCGCCUCCAGCGAUGAAGGCUUAGCAUUCCGAGGCCAUGACGAAUCAGAGGAGUCACAAAAUAAGGGAAAUUUUCAAGAGUUGUUGGAAUUGAACAUCAUAAACCAGGUCAGAGGCCAAUGUUAUGAUGGGGCUAUUGGAGCUUCUUGCAAAAGAAAGGAUAUGAUUGGAGAGAAACAUCGAGAGGAGGUAAUAAAAGCCAUAGGCUAUGGGCAGAUUACCACUGGCACAGGGUUAAAUCAGGAACAAACUCUUCAAAGAGCCGGUGACACACGUUGGGGCUCACCCUACAGGACCCUUUCAAGUCUAUUGAAAUUGUUCCCAUCAGUUAUGUCUGUUCUGAAAUAUGUUGAGAAGGAAGGCAAAAGUGAUAAGAAAUGUCAGUCUUUACAAAGGAAGGAUCAAGACAUCUUGAAUGCCAUCUCAUGUGUGAAGUCAACAAGAAAUGAGCUGCAAGAACUAAGGGAUAAUGGAUGGGACUCACUUCUUGAGAAGGCAUAUUCAUUUUGUGAAGAGCAUCACAUUGAGAAUGCAAAUAUGCAGAAGCAAUAUCUUCAAGAGUUUGAUGACCGCUUCAAUGAGGUAAAUUCUGCAUUGCUUGGGCACAUGGCUUCUUUCAACCCCAAAGACUCUUUUGCUGCUUUCAAUUUGGACAACUUAGUGAAGCUAGCUGAUUUUUAUCCGGAUGACUUUGAUUCAAGAAAAAUGGAUGAUCUUGGUCCUGAACUUCGCACUUACAUUGACAAUAUGCGAGCAGAUGAAAGGUUUGCCAAUUUGGACGGAAUUGCUGAUCUUGCUAAAUUAAUGGUGCAAACAAAUAAGCAUGUUACGUUUCCUUUGGUCUAUCAUCUUUUAAAGCUAGUAUUGAUAUUGCCAUUUGCCACAGCAUCAGUGGAGAGAUGCUUUUCAGCUAUGAAUGUUGUCAAGAAAAAAUUGCGCUACAAAAUGGGUGAUCAGUUCAUGAGCGAUUGCCUAAUUUGCUAUGUCGAGAAAGAUAUAUUUUCCACCGUUACCAAUGAUGUAGUACUUAAUAUUUUUAAGGCGAUGAAAGAUUGA